AUGAAUCCGACUCAAUACAGCCAGGAUCCCAGCAUCCACCAGCUUCGUCGGCCGGCAAAUCCGGUCGGCAGAGCGAAUCCGGUCGAAUGGUUUACCUUUUGGUGGCUAAAGGAAUUGUUCCGUACAGGCCUGAAGCGUCCCAUCGAAGAGUCGGAUAUUUACGAGACGUUAUCUUCGCAUCAGAGCGAACAGCUAUCCUACCAGUUCGAAAAUUGCUGGAAGCACGAACUGAAGAAGGAGCAGCCAAGCUUUCUCCGAGUGAUAUGCGGUAUCUUCGGUUGGACUAUGGUUUCUCGGGGUUUGCUGUACACCACCGUGGACUCGUUUUCCAGAAUUUUUCAACCGUUAUGCCUUGGAGGAUUGGUGUCCUACUUUGCACCCGGACAGACGGCCAUUAGCCGGACGGAAGCGUACUAUUAUGCCACCGGGAUUGUGCUGUGCUCGCUGGUGCCGGUCGUCAUUUUUCAUCAUUUCAUCCUCUACAUUUACCAGAUCGGAAUGAAAAUCCGUCUUGCGUGCUGUUCACUGCUCUACAAAAAGGCCCUGCGAAUCACAAAGGCAGCCGGCACGGACGGUUUAACCGGACAAGUAAUCAAUUUAAUGUCCAACGAUGUUGCAAAAUUCGACACAGCCGCAAGCUUUGUGCACGACACCUGGAAAGGACCAAUCGAACUGGUGGUUUUUGGCUAUCUGAUCUAUCGGCAGAUUGGUCCAGCUGGUCUGAUUGGAGUAGCAUUCCUGUUGAGCUUUAUUCCACUGCAGGCUUGGGUCGGCAAGAAGGCGGCCUCAUUUCGGUUGAAAACGGCAAUCCGAACGGACCGGCGGGUGCGCUUUAUGAAUGAAAUCAUCCAGGGCAUUCAGGUGAUUAAGAUGUACGCCUGGGAGCACAGCUUCAGCCGUAUGGUGGACUCGAUUCGUCGCAAGGAGAUCGCCGGCAUCCGGGGUACGCUGUUUAUACGAGCCGGACUGCUAUCGUUCAAUCUCGUAUCGAGACUGUCGAUUUUUCUGAGCCUCGUGGGUUACUGCUAUUCGGGCAACGUGUUCACUGCCAAGCAGGUCUUCAUCGUAACGUCCUACUUCAAUUUGCUGUACAGCUCGAUGUUACACUUUUGGCCCCUGUCGUUGACUUCCGUGGCCGAGGGGUUGAUCUCGAUACGACGCAUACAGGAGUUUCUGCUGCUGCCGGAAAGGAAGAUGCAGGAAAUGUCGUCCGAACGGGCAGCCAUUAAUGGGCACUCGGUGGGAACCGGGGAGGAGAGCGAAAUCAAGCUGAUGGAAAACGCCAAAAUGGCCAACGGCGACGGUGUGAUAAAAAGUCUGCCGACAGGAAAGGUUCACAGCAAGCGGUUUGUCAACAAGAAAGGAUUUGCCAGGAGGGGGAUUUUUAUGCGAGAUGGUACGGCCAGCUGGACGAAGGCGGAAUACGGAGAGCAGACGAAUGUUGCAGGUAUUCGAGGUAUUAAUCUGUCGGUUGAAAAAUCGAAACUUUGUGCGAUUGUUGGUCCGGUUGGUAGUGGGAAAACAACCCUGCUGCAGGUUUUGCUUGGUGAAUUGGAACUGGAUGAUGGACGAUUGGAAAUUAGUGGCGACAUCAGUUAUGCCUCGCAAGAACCAUGGUUAUUUGAAGGUUCGGUAAGAAACAAUAUUGUGUUCAUUGAAGAUUUUAACGAGAAACGAUAUCGCGAAGUGGUGAAAGUGUGUGCAUUGGAGAAAGAUUUCCAGCUGCUUUCGCAAGGUGAUGAAACUAUCGUUGGUGAACGAGGAAUAAGCUUAAGUGGUGGUCAGAGAGCUCGGAUUAGCUUGGCCAGGGCGGUCUAUAGAAAGGCUGACAUUUACCUGCUAGACGAUCCUUUGUCCGCCGUGGACACCCACGUAGGAAGCCAUAUUUUUGAACAAUGUAUACAAAAUUAUCUUAAGGACAAGGUUUGCGUGUUGGUAACGCACCAGCUUCAGUACCUAAAGGACGUCGAGCACAUUGUGCUAAUGAAUGCGGGACUGGCAGAAGCCCAGGGACCGUACCGCAGUCUGGAGGCGGCCAACACGUUUCCCAUGCUGGCCGCCAUAGAGCAAGAGUUGCUCGCACAGCAAGAAAGACAACUGGCGGACCUGGUGGAUCCGGAGGGCGAACAGGAGCGGUUGCAGCUACGACAGCCAUUAAUCAGAAACUGCGCCACCGUUCCGCGGUUCACCAUUGACAAGUUUUAUCAAUCACCGGCCGCUCAGUCUUCGCCCGUCAUACCGCCCGCUUACCGGAUGGCGCACUCGAAUCAAUCCCUCUACCAUCCGUCACCGUUCUCCUCCUGUAGUUUGGUUUUCGAUGGCUUCGAUGACGAGCAGGAAAUGGCUGGACGCCAACGGCGCCCGAAAGUAAAGCGCCGAAAAGCUACCAGUUCCGGUUCGAAGCAACAGCAACAGCAACAACAACAACGGCAGCAGCAGGAAGAGUGCAACCACUUCGAUGUGAAGGGAGAAGACACCGAAGGCGGUGACGACGGUGGCAACGGUGCCGGAGGUGUUAAUAAGGAAUCUCAAAUUACCGGCACCGUUGGGUUUUCCGUCUACAAGAGCUAUUUUGCGGCAGUCGAAAGUGUGCUGCUGCUCGGCCUGGUAGCGACUCUUUUCCUGCUGGCGCAGGGAACCAUGAGCGGUAUCGAUUACUUCAUUUCGCAGUGGGUCAAUCGAGAGGAGUUUCUCGGACGAAACGAAACUGGACCCGGCGUCGGUAACUCAUCCUCGCCAGAGGUGCCCUCCAAGCUGGAAGGAACCAUUUUUGCAGCCCUCACCCGUGAACAGUACCUGAUGAUUUACUCCGGAGCGAUGGCAGUAAUGUUGUGCCUAUCACUUAAUCGUUCGUUCUCGUUUUUCUACCUCUGUCUGCGGGCGUCAAUUCGGCUGCACGACCAACUGUUUCGCGGAAUAACCCGCGCCACGAUGUACUUUUUCAACACAAACCCGUCCGGUAGAAUUUUGAACCGAUUUUCCCGUGAUAUCGGUUGCAUUGACAUAUUCCUGCCGUCAGCAAUGAUGGAUUGCAUUUUGUUUUUCGUGGAAUUCACGGCCAUUAUCACUCUGGUUUCCAUCGUCAACUAUUGGCUGCUGCUACCGACGGCUGUGAUGGGUAUCAUGUUUUACGGACUUCGCUACGUUUACACCAACACGGCUCGUAGCAUAAAACGGGUGGAAGCUCUCACACGCAGCCCCAUAUUUUCGCACGCCAACGCAUCCUUCCAGGGUCUGACCACCAUCCGGGCAUUUGGGGCGGAAAAAAUUUUGGCCAACGAGUUCGACCAGCAUCAGGAUUUGAACACAUCGGCUUGGUAUCUAUUUUUGGCAACCACCAGAGCUUUCGCCUUGUGGCUGGAAUUGGUGUGCGUGCUGUACAUUGCGGUCGUUACAUUCAGUUUUCUGACGAUGGAAAGCACAAUGAGCGGCAAUGUCGGACUCGCCAUCACCCAGGUGUUCAAUUUAAUCUUCAUGUGCCAAUGGGGUAUGCGUCAAACGGCUGAGCUAGAGAAUCAGAUGACGUCGGUGGAAAGGGUAGUAGAGUACGCGGAGGUGGAGCCAGAACCGCCGCUCGAAACCGUCGAUCCAUUAAAGAAACCUCUCCAGGAUUGGCCGGCCGAUGGUCGAAUUAAAUUCGAAUACUUUUCACUUCGUUACGCGCAUAACAGUGAUCCAGUGUUGAAAGAUUUGAAUUUGGCGAUUGAAGCGAAGGAAAAGAUUGGCAUAGUAGGACGAACGGGAGCUGGAAAGUCAUCAAUCAUACAGGCACUGUUUCGUUUGGCCAUCAAUGAGGGAUUGAUCAAAGUGGAUGGCAUUGAUAUCGGUGGACUCGGGUUGCACGAUUUGCGGAAGAGAAUUUCCAUCAUUCCGCAGGAUCCGGUCCUGUUCUCUGGCAGGGUGAGAGAGAACCUGGAUCCAUUCGGUCAGCACAAGGACGAGGAAAUGUGGCGAGCCUUGGAACAAGUUGAACUGAAGCAGGCCGUUGAGCGUAUGGACGGCGGUUUGGAUGCAAAGAUGUCCGAUGGAGGAUCGAACUUUAGCAUGGGCCAACGGCAGUUGGUUUGUUUGGCGCGGGCGAUUCUUCGGAACAACAAAAUCCUGAUACUGGAUGAAGCCACUGCCAAUGUUGAUCCGGAGACGGACAAACUGAUCCAACGGACAAUUCGGGAUCAGUUUAGCGGAUGUACGGUGCUGACGAUCGCACAUCGACUGCAUACUGUCAUGGAUAGCGAUCGGGUGCUGGUGAUGGAUGCGGGCAGGGCCGUAGAAUUUGGUCAUCCACAUGAACUAUUACGACAAUCCAAAGGAUUCCUGCGAAGUCUGGUAAAUCAGACGGGCGAAGCUACGGCUGCGCAGUUAACCGCUGUAGCGGAGAAAAACUUCCGCAAAAGAUGCACUGCUGAUAGCUAGACCUUAAUAUCGAAUAUCCACGAAUAGCUACAAGUCCAUACCAAAGAAUGACAGACAGGGAACGUAUCGUUUGAUUUAUAAUCUUUCCAUGUACUUAGAUGAUAGAGAGCUAUUAGAUGUAGAUUUCGUAAGAUACUCUGUACAAAGUGAGCAGUCCCAAAAAUAUUCCACUCUGCUUGAUUGAAAUUAUGCACGCGCGUUCGGUAAUAAAAGUUUUGUAUUU